ACUCUUACAUAGCUACAGUGCUCUCCUUCUGCAACACCUCUCACGUUGCCUUCCUAGACGGACAGUUCACUAGGGACAGUUGGAAAAUGGAGGCAGUCACGGAUGCCUUUCAGAGCUAUGGGGUGAGCACCACUAAUUACCUCCAGACCAACUAUAAGGAUGCACAGGGUUUGUUCCUGUGGGUGUCCUGGGCUGCUGACCUCAGGAACACCUUCUUCAUCUUCUUCCCCCUCUGGUUCCACCUGCGGGAGUCGGUGGGUAUCAAACUCAUCUGGGUGGCAGUGAUCGGAGACUGGCUCAACCUGGUCUUCAAGUGGAUUCUGUUUGGCGAGAGGCCGUAUUGGUGGGUUCAUGAAACACCUUACUACAGCAAUACCACUGCACCUCACAUUGAACAAUACCCCAUGACCUGUGAGACUGGCCCAGGCAGUCCCUCUGGCCACGCUAUGGGAGCCGCAAGCAUCUACUACACACUGGUCACCUCCAUCCUAGCUAUCAUGCUGACCAAGAAGAAGACGAGAGCUUCCACCAAGGGCAUGUAUCUGCGGGGCACUUUGUGGGCAUUCUUCUGGGCAGUCCAGGUGUGUGUCUGUCUCUCCAGAGUCUUCAUUGCUGCCCACUUCCCCCACCAAGUCAUCUGUGGAGUCAUCACAGGUAUUGUUGUGGCCGAGGCCUUCAACAGAACCCAGUGGAUCUACGGAGCCAGUCUGAAGAAGUACUUCUACACCACCGUUUUCCUGCUCUCCUUCGCUGUGGGUUUCUACGUGCUGCUGAAGGCUCUGGGCGUGGACCUGCUGUGGACUCUGGAGAAAGCCCAGAAGUGGUGUGUGAGGGCUGAAUGGGUCCACAUGGACUCCACUCCCUUCGCCAGCCUCCUGCGCAACAUGGGCACCCUGUUUGGCCUGGGCCUGGGUGUGCACUCGCCUCUCUACACCGAGAGCAAGAAGAACAGCAGCACCCCCUUCAGGGUGGGAUGUAUCGUUACCUCGCUGCUCCUGCUGCACCUCUUUGACUCCUUCAAGCCCCCCACGCACACCGCCGCCCUCUUCUACCUUCUGUCUUUCUGUAAGAGCGCCACUGUCCCCUUGGCAACCGUGAGCAUCAUCCCCUACUGCAUGUCAGGAGCAUUGAGCAGCGUACAGAGCAAGAAGCAUCUGUGAGGUCGUUGAAGGCUGACGCACAGACUUAUGUAUAUGGAGCUCACUCCAGAAUUGAACAGUGUUCACUAGUGCUUCAAUCCUUAAUCAUUCCAUAUAUUGACCUUCUUCCCAAAUAGCCAAAGAGAUGAACAAUCUAUUGUGGUCUUUGUCUACCAUACAUCCAGUCAGUCACUGUAAAUGUCUUAUUUUCCUAUAUACGCAUAGUGUGGACACUGAAAUGAAAGAACUAUCCAGCGUAUUACUCAAGAGGCCAUUAAGACACUGAUUUAAUUGUAUAAAAAAAAAAAUCUAAUUUAGAAGUAGUUCAGUGCGAACUCAGGAGCCCAGAAAGUGAAUGUUUCCUUGCAGUUGUUUUGACUAAACCUCAUUUUGAAAAAAGAUAAAGCAAACUAAAGUCCAGGAGAAUAUGAGCCCAAAACUUUAGUGGCCUGCUUUACAGUGUUCUAAGAAAGUAAUAUAUAACAAUGUUCAUAUUUGUUUUGUAACUGUGUUUUUCCUGUUAAAUAUUUUUGGAAAUGGUCAGAUAUUUAUAAUAAAAACCUUUCAAAUACA